AUGUCGAUAUCAUACACUAUCCCUAACCUUAACUCUCUUCGACGAGGCCGAGGUCGUGGCCGUGGAAUCGGUCGCUCGACUGACAAUGGCUCAGACUCGCGCCCAUCAGCCAAGGACCGCAUCGUGCAGGGCACCGACAAUGACGCCAGCGUCUCCAGGCUGAGCGCCGUUGACUUGGGCUAUCUCACAGACGCGUACGCGACGGCACUGACACCGCGCGGGUCUGCGACAAGGAGAUUCCCAAUUAUCAACAGAGGAACAUAUGUUCGCACAACAGCAAUCGACCAGCUCGUCACACACUUUCUAGGCCCCUAUACACCCGAACAAACCCAAACGAAGCGUAAACAGAUCAUCUCGCUCGGAGCCGGCUCCGACACGCGAGUCUUUCGAAUCCUCUCCUCGCGCCAACCAUCCGAUCUCGUCUACCAUGAAAUCGACUUUGCCGUAAACACUGCCUCGAAGAUCCAGGCUAUUCGAUCAACACCGAAAUUACGACAAGCGCUAGGAAUCGACACGCCGGAUGCCGAAGUGUCGAUUUCGGAAACGGGCGAUGCAUUACACUCGCCUUCAUAUCACAUUCACCCGGUUGACCUCCGAUCACUUUCAGCAAACACUGGCAGUGACCUCUCUACUAUACUACCUGGCGUAGAGAGAGGACUUCCUACGCUUCUGGUAUCCGAAUGCUGCCUGAUCUAUCUCUCUCCGAGCGAGGCAGAGCAAGUAGUCAAGUUCUUCACCGAACAUCUAUUCCAAUCCCAACCCGCUACUCCGCUAGGUCUGGUCCUUUACGAACCAAUUCGUCCCGACGAUGCUUUUGGCCGAACAAUGGUCUCGAAUCUCGCGACGCGGGGCAUUCAGCUUCAAACUUUGCACAAAUAUGCAUCGUUGGAAGCGCAGCGGUGUCGAUUGAAGGAACAAGGAUUCGGCGACGGACAGGCGGGUGCGGAUAUCGAAUUUAUCUGGAAGAAUUGGAUCUGUGAAGCGGAGAAGGAGCGGGUUGCAGGCCUGGAAAUGCUGGAUGAGAUGGAAGAAUGGCAACUCCUUGCUCGUCAUUAUUGUAUUGCUUGGGGGUGGAGAGAUGGGAGCGAUACUUCGGUUUUCCAAGGUUGGACUUCACUCAAGGCUCAGUUGGAAUGA